GUCCUCGCAGAGAACGCAAGAGUUGAGUUCAGAGAGAUCAAUCUCACCUCAUAUCUCUUUAACUCUAUGGGGGUUUCAGUGUAAUCAUGCAAAGGGGUCUGCGAAGCGGUAGACCUCAAGCUCCAUGUGAUGUCACACUCGAAUCUGAUACAUACACCCCUCGUGUUUUUCGAUUCUUCCCGCCUUCACCACCCUCACUUGAUGCAUUGCGCUAAGAAUUAUAAUCUAUUAGAGUACUAAGUGUUUAUUUGGACUGCCCUCUUUCGUGCCACCUUUACAGGUGGACACGAUAGUAGCCAUGGAGUUUAACGUGGAAGCCGAGAGGCAGCCCUCAAGCCGUAAAACUCGAACUAGAGAAGGCCUUCAUCUAAGGGCUUUGAGUGUCGAGAAAGGGACACAAAGAUACUCUUCCAUAGCAGAAGACUCGCCUCCUCCGCAAGCUGCAACAUGGCGAAGUAAUCUGACUGCUCUCUCCCAACGUCGUAAUCUCCUAUUUGUGGCUUAUCGCCAUCAAAUUUAUGUCUGGGAGCCGGCUGGGUCAUUUCAGACCCUGGGACCUAACCCUGAAAUUAUUAUUACUCCUGUUAUGAAAGAUCCCCAUAGCAGUGGUUACAUAUCACCGUUUAUGCCUCAUGCCAUUAACAAUAUCCUCGUGGACGAUUUGGGCCGCGAUGAAGUCCUUCUGUUGGUUACUGACUCAGGCAAUGUCUGUGGCUAUCGUGUUGAGGCUAUCUUCUCGGCUUUGAAGCGGGCUGCAGAGCGCAAGGAGCCGCGGCCUUUUGAUGACUCCCAGGUGGAACCUUUCUUCGUUGAAUACGUUCAUGCCAGUGCCUGGGGACUGGCCAUUCACAAGUUCUCCCGCUUGAUUGCAGUGACCGCGAACACAGGCCUUGUUACUGUUUUUGCAUUUGCACUGGUGAAUACUGCUUCUGGAAAAGGCAGUGACACAGGUCAGAGACUGGAAGAAGAGGAUGAUCUGACUGACUAUGGCCAGACUUGGCUGGAAAUCAAAAGCGAAGAGCAGUUCAAACAGCUACGGCAACUGAUGCCCGCAAAGCACCGAAAAAGGAACAUACGCUUAACCUACACUGGACACUUUACCAACAUUCCGUCUGUUUCCUUUCUGAAUUGUGACCUUGACCCGAACGGAACAUGGAUGGUCAGUACAGAUAUUGAAAAUAAAGUUUUUGUCUGGAAGACCUGGGAGGGCCCUGGCCCCUUCAACGUGUACCACUUCAAAAACGACAUUUCCUUCAGAUACUUCUCAGAAGCACACGAUGAAGAGCGUGGUUGGUCUGUCAUUGCGCUCGAUCCACGUACUUUUCAUCUACUCAAAUCGACAGAGGACGCGUGCGGUGGUCAUCCUCAACGUCGUGCAGAGGAUGGUCAGUCGAUUCUUGACCUGACAAAGUUGAGCAACCGAAUACCCAACGCAUCUCAGCUCUAUAGUUAUUUCCCUCCCGCGGUCAAGGCUGAGCCAGAACAGCCGAUCUUACCUGACAUAUUUGGGGCUGAUUGCUGUAUUGGCAAGGGAAGGGGUGGUCGUCAGAGCACCAGUAGUGGGGCACAUAAUGGCUCAUCUGUGAAUUCUCAUCGUGCAGGGGAAGUGGAAGUUCCAGAACUUAGCGACUCUCAAGGCGUCAGAGAUCUCCGGCCUCCAGAUUCCGCCGAUACAUUGAGCCAUGCUGCCGUUGAAAGCUCUUUGCAUGGAGAUAAUAUGAGCUCUACUACAAGUCCCGACGAAGAGAUAUAUACGGGGCACCAACAAAGUUCUAACCAAGAGGGCGAAGUCCGGGGUGACCAUGGGGCCUCCCGUCAAUCGGAUGAUACAGAACAGCAGAUCAAUAAUACUCAAAAUCUUCCUACACGUAUCCCCUUGACAACACCCGAAUUUCUUCAAGUAGCACUUCUUGAGGCUCUCGGCGGCGAUAUCCCUGGAGCCGAGGAAUACUUUGACGACUUCUCAAUAGAAGAGGUCAGCCCUUUUGAGGACCUGGAGAUGGAUGGUGCAGACGAUAUCUCCGAAGGUAGUGAUGCAUCUAUUUCAGGGUCAGCUACUUACGAAGUCUUCAACCGUAUGUCACGUCAUGCUUUCCCAAAUGAUCUCGAUAUCCAUGGCCAGAGGGAGUCGCUAAUAGAUUUCCUAUCGACGUCAGCUCCACCAAAUGCGAACUUUCCGAUUCUUCACUUCUCCCAAACAGAUAUCCGCCUCAUUGCUCAUCCGCUUGCUCCUUGUGCAAGUGUUGUCUGUGGUGCACCUCUUCGGCAAAAGUUUACUCACAUUGUGGGUUCGCUCCGACCAGCCUGUGAUCGAUUCAACAUGGUCAAAUAUAUCCCUGAACACGGAAUCGUAGUAGCAGCCUCUCAAAAGGGCCGCACAGCAGUGAUCACUCUGACUGAGUCGGAAACCGCGGGUCUAUCAUUCCGAGUCGAUUGGAUUGUCCCCUUCGAGAGCCAGGAAAAGUAUGGCGACAGACCUCUAAUACCUCUCCUAGGCAUGAGCGUCGGUCCUAUGCAAGGGUUUGAAAUGCCUCCUGAUGUCCCUUAUAUCCCACACGAUGUUAGCGAGGAUGACCUGAAGUUUUAUUAUAAACAUAUCACCGACGGCGAAGCCGACACACACUUACAAACAAGCUCUAAGUCAUCCGAUAUCCCAAGUGAUAUACAUCUUUCUGAACUGUCGGGCACUGGUGAUUCCAGAGAAUCUACCCCCACGUUCAACCCUAAGGUUGACCCUAUCAGAGAACAAAAGCGGGACACUCUGUUCACUCUACCAGAGUGCCAUGCUAUGGCUACCCGUGCCUACCAGCCAGAAGAAAGCUGGCGUGGCUGGAACCCAUCCCGACGUUAUCGCCUGUUACUCCUCUAUGCAGACCAUACCGUUAUGAGUUACGAAUUCUGGUACAACUGGAGCCCGACACGCACAGAUAGUGAUGAGAGUGACGAAGAUGGAUACCUUGUUGUAUGAUCACAGUCGCCAUGAUGGAUAGGAAGCUGUUUGACUACGUCGGUAUAAAAAAUUUUAAGUAGGAAAAGUCUUGUGAGGAUAUGCGUUGGUAGCUAUACUUUUGUAGCAAGACAUUUUCGGUGUUACACUGUCGGCAAUGGAUGGAAGAUGGACUUGCAAGUCCAUUAUGUAUCCGAUAGGGAUGGUUAACUAAAAUUCGAGGUUGUAAGUAUUGGUAGGUUGAGAACAGC